AUGGGGUGCGCGUCCACGAAGGCGAUCGAUGCCGAGCCCGGGAACGGGCGUGAUGCGCGCGCGCGGGCGAGGGAGGGAGACGAGGCGACGAUGACGGAUGCGGCGAUGAUUCAUGAUUCGAACGACGGCGAGGACGGUGGACGCGUCGGUGACGAAGGAUGGGGCGACGAGCGCGCGCGCGUGGGAGAUGAGGCGAUGCGGUCGAUGGAAGGGCGAGCGGGCGCGUCGCGGGAGGUGAAGGAGAGGUGGAUGCGGUCGCCGCGGUCUCGCGGGACGGGGAAGAGUCUGCGCGGCGCGGCGGACGGCGGACGAGGGACGCCCGUGGUGAGCGGUGGGAGGAGCAUGAUCGAACUCAGGAGUUUUAACGAUCGUGAUCGCGACGUGGGGACGUUGGAUGACGCCGUGGUGCGAACGCGGGGGCGCCAGGAUAGGGGGUUGCCGCCGACGCCGACGGCGAACGGACGCCUCGAGCGGGCGUCGCGUUCGAGCUUGGAGAACGAUGCGGGGGGGAAGAUGUCGGUGAUGUCGUGGUUAAAAGACGUGGGGAGGGGGGGGAGGGGGGCGAACUGGCAGACGCCGACGACGGCGUCGACGAUGUUGGCGCACGCGAGGCAGCGGGCGCAGCACAAGAGGACGCUCAGCCUGUCUAUUAACUCGACGGACGACUUGUCGGCGUUCGCCGAUCGCGCACCGCAGCGUGUGAGCUCCGGUGGGAUUCCCGUGGACGUCAUACUCGAGGAUGCCCGCGCGUACACGGCGGAUGAUUUCCUUUCUGACAUCGAGAAUGUCGUCACAGGCAUGCGAGAGCGCCAAGACAUCGUGAGACGACUCACCGUUGAGACGAUUGACGCGUGCAAAACCUUGGUCGAACUCGAGGCUCCCGUGGAAGCGAUGCUUCGGUUGAAGGAAGUGACGAUGGAAACGGUCGAGGACGAAUUGGAUGAGAAUUCGACCAUUCUCUCCGACGGAAGCUCGUCGGCGGUGCAUCUCGCAGCUUCGCUUGCCGACGAAGAUGGGUUCGAGAUAUCUAGCGCGAUUCUCACUUCACCGUCGAGAUCGAUUACGCUGAGAUCGCCGUCGGGAUCGAGUAGAAGAGUGGGAGAGAUAUCGCUCGAAGACGUCGAGGCAGAGUUGCAAGACGUGAGACGAAUCGCGUUCGAAAGCGCGCCGCCCGAGCGCGCGUUGAGUCUUUUUUAG